UACCAGCUCCUCCCCUUCAGUCUUUCACAGGUGUACCGGCUCCUCCCCUUCAGUCUUUCACAGGUGUACUGGCUCCUCCCUUUCAGUCUUGCACAGGUGUACCGGCUCCUCCCCUUCAGUCUUGCACAGGUGUACCAGCUCCUCCCCUUCAGUCUUGCACAGGUGUACCGGCUCCUCCCCUUCAGUCUUGCACAGCUCCUCCCCUUCAGUCUUGCACAGGUGUACCAGCUCCUCCCCUUCAGUCCUGCACAAGUGUACCGGCUCCUCCCCUUCAGUCUUGCACAGGUGUACCGGCUCCUCCCCUUCAGUCUUGCACAGGUGUACCGACUCCUCCCCUUCAUUCUCGCACAGGUGUACAGGCUCCUUCCCGUUAGUCUUGCACAGGUGUACAGGCUCCUCCCCUUCUGUCUUGCACAGGUGUACAGGCUCCUCCCCUUUUUCUUGCACAGGUGUACAGGAUCCUCCCCCUUAGUUUUGCACAGGUGUACAGGCUCCUCCCCGUUAGUCCUGCACAGGUGUACAGGAUCCUCCCCCUUAGUUUUGCACAGGUGUACAGGAUCCUCCCCGUUAGUCUUGUACAGGUGU